AUGAGACUGUGGCGAUGUGUGUUGGUGUGGGCUCAAUUUAAGACUAAAGGCUUUUGGAUCCCCAUAACUCAAUAUCCCAAAGCCAGUGACUAUGCCACCAAGAACUAUAAUUACAUCAAGCGCUGGAUAACUGUGGGACGGGUCCUUACCCCAGAGGAAAGAAAAAGUUACGACACCGCAUGUGCCUUAAAACGGCUUAUAGUGGCUCACAUGACCAUGAAGAAAAGGCAAGAUCCCAAAUUCACCGCGCAGUUCGUACUGGUAGAUAAGCGUACACUAAGAUUGCGCAUCGACAAGCAAUACUAUACGUUAGAGGAUGCCUCAGCUAGAUUCUCUAUCUCAUCUGAGGCAAUAGCGGCGGAAGUGCAAAAACAUCAAGCGUCAAGCGGAGCAAAUGAGAGAAACAAGUCUAAACGUCAAGCCGACGCCGAUGGAACCGAAGGACCCUCAAACAAGAUGCAGAAACUAUGA